AUGGCAUCUCGUUUAAAAGACGAUGUAACCAUAAACAAAAAUAAUGAGACUGAUGAUUUGUUAAUAUUCGGUUAUUCUUGUAAACUAUUUAGGGAUGAUGAAAAAGCUUUAUAUAUAGAUCAAGGAAAGCAUUUAAUUCCUUGGAUGGGAGAUGAGUCCCUUAAAAUUGACAGAUAUGAUGCCAGGGGUACUUUGUUUGAUUUAAAACAUGUAGAAGCUCCAAGUGGAGGAUUUGAUAGGUAUUUUGGAUUGACAGACAUAGAAAAGCAAGUUGAGUCUAUGUGUGAUGAAGAGCGAUAUAGAGCAUUAAUAACUAAUGAAGAAGAAGAAACAAUGUAUCAAGAAGAAGAACUUAAAAGACUACAUUAUGCCAUUAGUGAUAAAGGAAAUUCUUAUGGUCAGGUGGAAUACAAAUAUGAAGGAGAAACCAAUACAGAAGAAUACAAUUCUGAAAAAAACAUAGAAAAAGCCGAUAUUGGAGAUGAUGAACCAUUUGUUUCUUCUCCUUUAUUAGAUUUACCAUUAAACAUGGUUUUGCCAGAAACAGUUAAACAUAAUGCCAUUAUUGAAAAAACAGCCAUGUUUAUUAGCAAUCAAGGACCACAGAUGGAAAUAUUAUUAAAAAUGAAACAAGCAGGAAAUCCACAAUUUAAUUUUUUAUCAUUUGAUGAUCCUCUUCAUAGUUAUUACAGACAUUUAUUAAUGGCCAUUAAAGGAGGGCGUUACAAACCAGAUUUAGAAAGCACAAACAAAAAGUCCAAUGUUGAAAGUGAAGAAGAUGAUCACUAUCUUCAUCCUAGUUUAGCCUCUUCAGUUUCUAAAGUGGAAUUGGCCCCUUCGAUACCUAGUAUAAACUACAAACCAUCUGCUCAUUGUGCUUAUUCCAUGUUGGUAAAUAAAAUAAAAGAUAAAACAUUAAAUGAACAAGGAAAUGAAGUAAAUAAAGUGAAAGAAGUAAUUGGAAAUCUUAGGGAUAAUGAAAUAAAUGAAGAAAAUGGAUCUUACAUUGAUAGUUCGAAGAACACAAGUUUAAAUAAGCAUUCGAUAAAUUCUCAAACACCAUCAACUCCUCCGAACGACAUGCAAGUUAUUAUUGAUAAAAUGGCGUCGUACGUAGCUAAAAAUGGAAGAGAUUUUGAAACGGUUGUUCGAAUGAAGAACGAUUCACGUUUUGAAUUUUUAAAUUCCAAUCAUGUAUUUAAUCCGUAUUAUCAAUUCAAAGUUAAGCAAUAUGAAAAUUUAGAAAAAUCUACGAAAUCCGAAACGAAGAUGAAAUUGGAAAAUUGUACGGUAAAAGUGCGGGACGACUCAAAAUCUAAAUUAACGCCAGUUUCUUUUUCUAUAAAAAAACCUAAAGAAUCGGAGCCUGUAAUAGAAAAAAGUGCUUUGCCCGUUGAAGAAAGUUCGGAUGAAGAAGCGAAAAAUGAAUGUAAAGAAAGAGAAUUAUUAGAAGCGAAAGAAAAAGAAAUAAAAGAAGACAUAGUCACUAUCGAUUUGGCUGCACAAGAGGAAAAAGAAGAAAAAAAUAAAAAGAUUUUAGCUACUGAAAGGUUAAAAGAUAAAUUAACUGCAGCAGCUAGAGAAAAAGUAGCUAUGGCAACAAAAGAAAAACAAUUACAAUUAGAUAGAAAAAGGAGAGCUGCUGCUUUUCUCAAAGCUAUCCAUUCCGAACCCGGAACGAAAGGUAAUGUUGUUGUUUUCGGACCACAAUUGCCAGGAAUAAUGGAAGGAACGGAAAGGGAUGAGGAAAGUAGUAGCGACGUCAUCACUAAUAUACCUGAUUUACUCGACGAUGGGAAAAAGGAUAAAUUGAAAUCACCCGAAUGUUUAAAUAAUAAAAGUUUAAAAGUAUCAAACGAUAGACAUCAACGAUCCAGUAGUGGUGUUCGGCAUAAACAUCGAGAAAAAUAUCAAUCGAAAGUUGACAAAUCGGAGAAAAGCAGCGGCGAAGAACACAAAAAUAAAGAUGUUAACGAUAGAAUUAGCGAAUCGUCAAUUAGUACCGAAGAGGAUGAUAGCAGGAAAAGAAUACUUUACCAAGAUAAAAUGAAAAGACUGGAAGAUGACCAUUCAACAUUAGUUUUUCUUUUAGUAUUUAUAUAA